AUGUGGGGUGCCUCACGGUAUAGUGUGCCGUUGUGGCCCCUAUUUAUUGUAGUUUUUUCAAUUAUUUUUAUUUCUCAAGUUAAUACACAACAAACAUGUCGUGAUUGUACAAAUCGUGGUUGCUUCUGUGUUGGUGAAAAAGGUAGCAUGGGUACACCUGGACCACAAGGACCACCAGGAUCACCUGGAAUUCGUGGAUUUCCAGGACCAGAAGGUAUGCCAGGACCUAAAGGACAAAAAGGUGCCCAAGGACCACCAGGACCACAUGGAAUGAAAGGAGAUAAAGGACCAAUGGGAGUACCUGGUUUUCCAGGAAAUGAUGGUACACCAGGAAGACCAGGAGAACCUGGACCACCAGGACAACCAGGAUGGGAUGGAUGUAAUGGAACUGAUGGAGCUCCUGGAUUACCAGGAUUACCAGGUCCAGUAGGUUUACCUGGAUUCCCAGGACCACCAGGUAUACCUGGAGCAAAAGGAGAACCAGCAAUUGGAUAUGAUGGUGCACCAGGAGAAAAAGGAGAUUCAGGUAUGCCAGGAUUACCUGGAUUACCAGGAGCACCUGGACGUGAUGGAUUCCCAGGAGAAAAAGGAGAUCGUGGUGAACAAGGUUUACCUGGACCACGUGGACCACCAGGUGAAAUUGGUUUACCAGGAAAUCCAGGUAUUGGUAGUAUUGGACCAAAGGGUGAAUCUGGAGAUUCAGGUCCACCAGGACCACCAGGUCCACCAGGGCCAAGAGAAUUUACUGGUAGUGGGUCUAUUAUUGGACCACGUGGAGUGCCUGGAGAUAAAGGAGCUAAGGGUGAUCGAGGACCACCUGGUUUACCAGGUCCAUCUAAAAAAUUUGGAGAAAUUGUAGCGCCUAAAGGUUCUAUUGCUGGACCACAAGGCUUACAAGGAGUUAAAGGAGAAAAGGGUGAACCAGGAGAAUUUGGAGCACGUGGAUAUCCUGGACAACCAGGAGCCCCAGGUAUUAGUGGUUUACCAGGUAUGAAAGGAGAAAAAGGUUUACCUGGACCAGUUGGACCACGCGGUAAAGAUGGAAGUCCUGGAUUACCAGGACCACCAGGUUUUAAAGGAGAUAGAGGAUUAGAUGGACAACCAGGUUUACCUGGAUUAUUAGGACAAAAAGGAGAUCAAGGAUAUCCAGGACGUGAUGGUCCAAAAGGAAAUCGUGGACCCCCAGGACCACCAGGAGGUGGAAUUGAUGGAGAUGGUCCUCCAGGACCUCCAGGUCCACCCGGUAGAACAGGACAACCAGGACCAGUUGGAAAUGAUGGAAAACCAGGAUUACCAGGACCUCAAGGUCCUAUUGGACCACCAGGAGGACCAGGAUUGCCAGGAUUACCUGGAAUGGAAGGAAUGCCAGGACCAAAAGGAGAAAAAGGAAAUUCAGGUUAUCCUGGAUCUCCAGGAGAACCAGGUUCACCUGGUUUACCAGGAUUACCAGGACCUAAAGGAGAACCAGGACCAAGAGGAACAGAUGGUAAAAGUAUACCAGGUAUUCCAGGAAAAGAUGGAAGACCAGGUCUUGAUGGAUUACCAGGAAGAAAAGGUGAACCAGGAUUACCAGGACUUAGAGGACCACCAGGAGAUUCAUUAAAUGGUCUUCCUGGAUUACCAGGAGAUCGUGGUUUACCAGGACCAAAAGGUUACGAUGGAAGAGAUGGUGUACCAGGUCUUCCAGGAUUACCUGGAGAAAAAGGAGAUCGUGGAGGUACAUGUAGUAUUUGCGCACCAGGUACUAAAGGUGAAAAAGGUAUGAGUGGAUUCCCAGGAAUGCCAGGACCACAAGGUGAACGUGGAUUACCUGGAUUACUUGGAGCACCAGGAGAUCAAGGUGAUGAUGGUUUCCCUGGAUCACCAGGAAGACCAGGACCUCCAGGACCACCAGGAAAAGAUGGAUUACCUGGAUAUCCAGGACAAAAAGGUGAACCAACACAAUUAGUUCUUAGACCAGGACCACCAGGUUAUCCAGGAUUGAAAGGAGAACCAGGAUUUUCAGGGGCACCAGGAGCACCUGGAUUACCAGGAAAAGAUGGUUUCCCAGGAGCACCAGGAUUACCAGGUAUGCCAGGUGAAAAAGGAGAACCAGGAUUAGGAGGUUUACCCGGAAGACCAGGAAAUGAUGGAUUACCAGGUUUACCAGGACCAAAAGGAGCACCAGGAUAUGGAUUACCAGGAGCUCCAGGUUUACCAGGAUUAAAAGGAGAAAUGGGACUUGAUGGAGUUCCAGGUUUACAAGGACCACCAGGACUUCCAGGUCCACCACCUGCUGAAAAUCAAAUUAUUCAUGGAGCACCAGGUGCUGAUGGAUUACCCGGAUUACCAGGUAUGAAAGGAGACUCUGGAAUUCCAGGUAUACCAGGAAAAGAUGGAUUCCCUGGAUUAAAAGGUGAAAGAGGUUUAGAUGGAUCACCUGGAUUCCCUGGAAUACCAGGACCAAAAGGAGAAUCAGGAUUACCUGGUCUUCCAGGAUUACCAGGAGAACCAGGAGCACCUGGUCAAACAAUUGUUGGACCACCAGGACAACCAGGUUUCCCUGGAUUAAAAGGAGAUAGUGGUUUACCAGGUCUUCCAGGACAACCAGGAUUCCCAGGACAAAAAGGAAAUGCUGGAUUACCAGGUUUACCAGGUAAUGAAGGACAACCAGGAGCACCAGGAAUGCCAGGACAACCAGGAUUAACAGGUGAAAAAGGAGAACCAGGAUUACCUGGACUUCCAGGAUUCCCAGGAGCAAAGGGUGAAUCAGGUUUCCCUGGAUCACCAGGAUUAUCAGGAGCUCCAGGACAACCAGGGUUACCAGGAGCAAAAGGAAAUUCAGGUUUACCUGGAUUCCCAGGAAUAAAAGGAGAACCAGGAUUCCCAGGAGCACCUGGACAACCAGGUUUACAAGGAUUACCAGGACAUGGAGGUUUACCAGGUCUUCCUGGACUUAAAGGUAAUGCAGGAUUCCCAGGAACACCAGGAACUGAUGGACAACCAGGUUUCCCAGGAAUGAAAGGUGAAGCAGGUUUACCAGGUCUUCCUGGAUUGAAAGGAGAAUCUGGAUUACCUGGAUUCCCUGGUACUAAAGGAGAAGCAGGAUUCCCAGGAGCACCUGGAUUACCAGGAAAAGAUGGUUUACCAGGAUUAUCAGGAUUACCAGGAAUGAAAGGUGAACCAGGACAACCAGGUUAUGGAUUACCUGGAGCACCAGGAGAAAAAGGUUUACCAGGUAUUCCAGGAAAAAUGGGUAGACAAGGUCCACCAGGACAACAAGGUUUAGAUGGACAGCCUGGUUUCCCAGGUUUGAAGGGUGAACCAGGUUUUCCAGGACAACCAGGAUUCCCUGGACAAGAUGGAUUACCAGGAUUACCUGGUGAAAAAGGAGAUAGUGGAAUUCCAGGACUUCCAGGAGCACCAGGACCUAUUGGAGCAGAAGGACCAAGAGGUGUACCAGGUAUUAGAGGUGAAAAAGGAGAUUCAGGAUUCCCAGGUUUACCAGGAAUGUCAGGAAAAGAUGGUUUCCCAGGACUUAAAGGUGAUAGAGGACUUGAUGGAAAACCAGGUUUACCAGGACAUCCAGGAGCUAAAGGAGAACCAGGACUUCCAGGAUUACCAGGACAAGAAGGUCUUCCAGGGUAUCCAGGAAUUAAAGGAGAACCAGGAUUACCAGGACCACCAGGAUUACCAGGAAAAUCUAUACCAGGUUUACCAGGAGCACCAGGACAACCUGGAUUCCCAGGUAAAGAUGGUUUACCAGGUUUCCCAGGAAUUAAAGGAGAAAGUGGUUUACCAGGUCUUCCAGGUUUACCAGGUCUAAAAGGAGAAAGUGGUCAACCAGGAUUCCCUGGAAUUAAAGGAGAACCAGGUCUUCCAGGAUUACCAGGACAAAGAGGAUUAGAUGGAUCACCAGGUAUUCCAGGAAGAGAUGGACAACCAGGAUUCCCAGGAGAAAAAGGAAACAGUGGAUAUCCAGGAGCACCAGGUUUACAAGGCCAAGAUGGUUUACCAGGAUUAAAAGGUGAACCUGGAUUACCAGGAUUCCCAGGUAUCAAAGGAGAACAAGGAUUACCAGGUUUCAAAGGUGAUAGUGGAUUCCCAGGUCAACCUGGUAUACCAGGAAAAGAUGGAUUAGAUGGACCACCUGGAUUACCAGGAUUACCAGGAGCAGCAGCUCAAAUAAUGGCAGGACCUAAAGGAGAAACUGGAUUACCAGGAGUUCCAGGUAUUAGAGGAGAAAAAGGAUUACCAGGACUUGAUGGACCACCAGGACCAAGUGGACCACCAGGAUUUCCAGGACAAAAAGGAGAUUCUGGUUAUCCAGGAGCUCCAGGACUUCCAGGUGAAAAAGGAGAAAUGGGAUUACCUGGAUUCCCAGGAUUAGAAGGACCACCAGGAUUACCAGGACAACCAGGUAUUUCAGGACUACCGGGUGCACCAGGUCAAAAUUAUAGAGAUGGUUAUAUUAUUGCUAAACAUUCACAAACAACAGAAGUACCAGAUUGUCCUGAAGGAAUGACAAAACUUUGGGAUGGUUAUUCUCUUCUUUAUAUUGAAGGAAAUGAAAAAGCUCAUAAUCAAGAUCUCGGUAAUGCUGGAUCAUGUCUUCCAAAAUUCUCUACAAUGCCUUUCAUGUUUUGUGACUUUAAUAAUGUUUGUAAUUAUGCUUCAAGAAAUGAUAAAUCAUAUUGGUUAUCUACAAAUAAAGAACUUCCAAUGAUGCCUGUUAAUGAAGGUGAAAUAAGAGAAUUUAUUUCAAGAUGUUCAGUAUGUGAAGCUCCUGCUAAUGUUAUUGCUGUUCACUCACAAACAACAUCUAUUCCAAAUUGUCCUGAUGGAUGGGAUUCUCUUUGGGUUGGAUAUUCUUUCGCUAUGCACACUGCUGCAGGUGCUGAAGGUGGUGGUCAAUCAUUAUCAUCUCCAGGUUCCUGUUUAGAAGACUUCCGUACUACACCUUUCAUUGAAUGUAAUGGAGCAAGAGGUUCAUGCCAUUACUUUGCUAAUAAAUUCAGUUUCUGGCUUGCUACAAUUGAAGAUUCACAACAAUUUUCAACACCACAAAGUCAAACAAUUAAAUCUGGCAGCCAUAGAGCUAGACUUUCACGUUGCCAGGUUUGUAUGCGAUCUACUGAUAAUCACCCACAACAACAAUAUGUUCAAGAUCCUUAUGCACGUUACAGAGGUUAA